UAGUUAUGUGAAAUGUAACAUCAGUAGGUAUCUAUGGUAUUGUGUAAUCUUUUCGGCCGAUUAGAGAUAUCACAACGCCGAAUUAUAUAAAAAAGAAAACACAUUAUUUUAUCUAUUGUAACUCUGAAAGUUGACAGUCGAACAGUUUUUAGUUGUAAUAUAUAUAUUUUAAACACGUAAAUAUGGCGGCUAGAAUUCCAAAAGUGCGGUUUAAUAAUAAUAUCGAGUGCCCUAUCCUUGGACUUGGCACGUGGAAGUCGCAACCUGGCGAGGUGACUCGUGUAGUCGGUGAAGCCAUAGACAUUGGUUACCGCCAUUUCGAUUGCGCCUUUGUCUAUGGCAAUGAAUCAGAGGUCGGCGCAGCCCUUACGGAGAAAAUAAACUCAGGCGUUGUGAAGCGAGAGGACCUCUUCAUCACAUCCAAGUUGUGGAACACCUUCCACAGACCAGACCUAGUGCGAGGGGCCCUCAAUGCCACCCUGAAAAACCUGAAGUUACAGUAUUUAGACCUCUACCUUAUUCACUGGCCUCAAGCAUACAAGGAAGAUGCUGGAACACUCUUUCCUUUUGACGAUGCUGGCAAGAUGCAAUUCUCCGAUUCAGAUUACGUGGACACGUGGAAGGAGAUGGAGGGUCUGGUCAGGGACGGCCUGGUGAAGAGCAUCGGAGUCUCAAACUUCAACAAGAGGCAGCUGGAGAGGUUACUCCAAGUGGCAUCCAUCAAACCAGUUACUAAUCAAGUCGAGUGCCACCCGUAUUUGAACCAGAGCCGCCUGAAGGCGUUCUGCGAGGAGCGCGGUAUCACCAUCACGGCGUACUCCCCGCUGGGGUCGCCGGACAGGCCGUGGGCGCAGCCCGGCGAGCCGCUGCUGCUGGAGGACCCCAAGCUCAAGGCCAUCGCCGACAGGAUCGGGAAGACCGUCGCGCAAGUGCUCAUCAAAUACCAAAUAGAGCGCGGAGUUAUUGUAAUACCCAAGUCGGUGACGAAAUCUCGCCUCGAGAGCAACUUCAACGUUUUCGACUUUAACCUGUCGAAAGAAGACUUAAAUUUGAUUGACAGCUUCGACUGCAACGGACGCCUAUGCGGGGAGUCUUUGUAAGUUAAAAUAAAGGAC